AUGUCGCUCUCAAACUUCAUCGUGCCACCAGGCAACCAGACCGUCCAGGUUCGAAUCGUCGAUUCUACUACUAGGAUUGGCAACCUCGGACUGGAGUUUCUCAUGGAACCUCCAAUGGAGGGGAUGAGUUAUAUGCCUGUGCUUCCGUCAUGGUCAUUCCUGAUCGAGCAUCCUUCAAAUGAAAAGAUUUUAUUUGAUCUUGGAGUUCCGAAAGAUUGGCACUCGUAUGCGCCGAUAGUCUCUCAACGUCUUGAAGAGCGAGGAUGGGAAAUCGAUGUCAAGGAAGAGGUGAUUGACACUCUUGACAAGAAUGGCGUCACGGCGGAUGAAAUUUCCGCUAUUAUCUGGAGCCACUGGCACUGGGAUCAUCUUGGUGACCCAUCGCGGUAUCCUUCUUCCACUGAACUCAUUGUUGGCCCUGGGUUCAAGGCUGAGUUCUUCCCUGGUUAUCCAGCGAAGCAAGAUGCUCCUGUGCGCGAAAGUGAUUUUGCUGGACGGAAUGUUCGGGAACUAGACUUCUCAAACUCUGUCCAAGUUGGCGACUUCCAAGCUAUUGAUUAUUUCGGUGAUGGUUCAUUCUAUAUCAUAGACAGUCCUGGUCAUGCAGUCGGCCACCUUGGUGCAUUGGCACGUACCACGACUAACCCCGACACAUUCAUUUUCAUGGGAGGUGACCUUUGCCACCACAGUGGGGAGAUUAGGCCAUCGAAGCACAUGCGAAUUCCUCAUGAUAUUCGACCCAGCAACAUGACUUCUCCCAUCUCAUUUGCAUGUCCCGGAGACUCGGCAUACGAGCAGUUGCUAAUUCAACGGACUGGAUCGCUGGAUAAGCCAUUCUUCCGACCAGGCAUGGGGCUAGAUAUUAAACAGGCCAUUAAUACAAUCGAGAAAGCGCAGGUGGCCGACGCUGACAGCAAUAUCUGGUUUAUAUAUGCUCACGAUCCUAGCCUGUUGAAGUGUGUGGAUCUGUUUCCCUUGCCGGCCAAUGCUUGGAAGGAGAAGAAUUGGCGGGAGAAAACACUGUGGACUUUCCUUGGAGACUUCGACGUGGCAGUUAAGCAGAUUAUUGAUCAUCCUCAUAGUGCUUGA